AUCGGCGUCACUGCUGGGGGCCGAGGGACCUGGUCGCUAGGAUUACAGACAUUUUUUGAUGUGUCGUUCAACAAUUUUGUGUCAUCGAACAACGAGGACGAGGAGGCGUGGGCAGUGAUAGACAUGUACGGGUGCAAUGAGUUCCGGAUGUUGGAAUUCUAGGUGAGGCGAUGUAUGAGAGGGAGGAGCCAUGAUUGGACGGAAGGCCCAUUUGCCCACCCGGGCGAGAAAGCUAGGCGUUGCAAUCCGCGGCGGUACGAGGACUCGGGGACAGCGUGUAGGGAGUUUCGAAAAAGGGAGCUCUCGGAGAGGCGAUGCGUGCGAGUUUGGGUGCAUUUAAGUAUUGAGUAUUGGCUGCAUUUGGCUGGGUACUUGGACGCAGCCGUGCAAGGAUGGGCAGAAUUAGCAUCGUGGAGUGUGGUUUUUGGUGCAUACGUCGGAGCAGCUGCGGUGGAUGCCUACGGCAGCACAGGAGGCACAGGAAGCGACGACAAGAGAUCGGAGCACAAGGCGUGACGAAGGGUUGCCGCGAGCCGGUGCACCGGGGAGCUACGAUCGAGCGUCGAGGUACGAGGACUUGUCUUACGACGGACCAUGGGGACGUGACGGUCUGAGCCAGUCGUUGGAGCAUUCGAGGUCGGCCCAGUGGAGUGCAGGGUGUGCGGCAUUGUAGAAUUUAUUGCCUAGGUCGAUGCUGGUUGGGCUCGCACGGUACCCGCUGCCGCUGAGCUUUCUGUUGUUGGGGUCAGUUGAGAAAUGGGCGUGAGUGCGGGGUGAUUAACGAGCGUGUCGAUGUCUGAUUUUGCAGAAUCUAUAAUGUGAGUAUAGGCGACACUGCAGUAAGCGGCGUAGUCUCGAAGGCUGCACUCACGGAUGCAUCAGGGGUAGGCACCUUGGUCGCUUGCGGGAGUCUUGCAGAAGUCGAAGAUGGAGCUGAUAUUGACUCCGUCAACGAUGAUCCUGAUGGAAGGA